AAAAAGCAUAUGACUUUGCUUUGAAAAUGUAGUCUGCAAUAGAAUCUCAAUUUUAUCUGACAUCUUCAAAGCAAUCAAAAUGCAACGAGUUUCCCUCUUAGUUGUCUGUGUCGUUAUGGCCUUUGCCUCCCUUGCCUUGGGCUAUGAACCCCAAGACAUUUAUGCCGAACCCAAUUGUGCCAUUGUCUCCGAUCACACCCGCAUGUUCCGUGACAUUUCCGAUCCUACCCACUAUUGGAUUUGCCCCGAGGGUCAAGAGAAAGCCAGCUACAUUCAAUGUCCACCCAAUGAGGCCUUUAUGGAGGCUCCACAAAAAUGCGUUGUCUGGGAAGAAUGGAAAUGGGUUGAGCCUUACACUAAAUAAGUAAAUCGUCCAAAUUAAUGGCUGCUGACAAAGACGAAGAAUGUUUUUUUUUUUAUUUAUGUAUGCAUAUGGCAAAUAGUUAUAGCAUUUCUUUAAUAAAUUCAAGUUAAAAGAAAA